GGGAGAGAAGCUCCUCCAAGAAGGCAAUUAUUCUCAGUAUAAAUAUCAAGCACCCUAUAUCGUGUAUGAACCACUCAUAAAAAGUAGAAGCAAUAGUACACUAGUAAUAGUACUCGUGAGAAAUUAAAAGAGUAAGUUGUAGCUAUCUAAAAGAAAGGUUUAAAAAAAAUGGCGCAAGAGGAAAUAAUGAGAAGAGGACCGUGGACAGAAGAAGAAGAUCUGCAGCUUGUAUUUUAUGUUAAAUUAUUUGGAGAUCGACGAUGGGAUUUUCUGGCCAAAGUUUCAGGUUUGAAAAGAACAGGAAAGAGUUGCAGGUUACGUUGGGUUAAUUACUUGAAUCCUGAUCUCAAACGUGGCAAGAUGACUCCUCAAGAAGAACGUGUAGUUCUUGAACUUCACUCCAAAUGGGGAAACAGAUGGUCAAGAAUUGCCCGAAAAAUACCAGGGCGAACUGAUAACGAAAUCAAAAAUUACUGGAGAACCCAUAUGAGGAAGAAAGCUCAAGAACAAAGGAAAAAGUCUUCUAUCUCUCCAUCUUCAUCAUUUUCCAACUCGUCAUCUUCUUCUUCAAUCUCUCACGAAGAAAAUGAGAGAAAUUUUUAUGAUACCGGUGGACUCGAACUCUUGAAAGCUGAAGGAGAAAUGAAAUCUAGUGAUCAAGAACAAGGUGGAGAAAGUAUGAAAAUUUACUCCAUGGAUGAAAUUUGGAAAGAUAUUGAAUUAUUAGAAGAAAAUGAAGAAACAACGAAUAAACCAAUUAUGGGGUCUAUUUCACCCCUAUGGGAUUAUUCUCUAGACUCACUUUGGAAAGAUUUUGAUUGGAGUAGCUUUCGAUAAGAACUUGACUCUAAAUUAGUGGAGACAACAGAUUUCAAAUAUGGAAUGGUUAAAUCGAAAAAAAAAAAAGGGUUUAAUAGGAGGUUCAUUUAAUUGAAAAGCAAAAAAAAAACUGUCAUAGUUGGUUAAGGUUUUACAAGAAAAGAUGGUUAAUAGAAGGUUCAUUUAAUUGAAAAACUUGUAUAUUACUACUAGUAGUGGUGAAAACUACUAAAUAAUUAUAAUAAUAUAUAAUAAGUUCGUGAUUAGAAAGUGCUAGGUCUCUCUUAAGAUGAUCAGUAGUAGUGUUUUGGAAAUCUGCUGUUGUAGCCAUUUGAUGAUGCUUUAAUUUAAUUUCUUGUCUCUUUUUUUU